AUGGCUCCAGGUUUGUUAAUGUUCCUCGCCCUUUUCUCACUCGCAGGGUUAGUCGCGGCAGGGUUUGGUGUCGGUGUUCGCAAGGGCCAGAUAAAAAAUCUCGUUACAUUCGGCGACAGUUAUACGGAUGUUGUGAAUACCGGCGACGCGGCGACUGCUUGGCCUGUUUACGCUGCUGGGUAUGCGCAUGUCCAGUUACACCCCUUCGCUCGCGCAGGUGCGACCUGCUCCAACAACCUGACAUUUCGGCCAUUCCCCUCAAUCUUCGAAAGUCAAUUGCCGUUGUUCUUCUCCGAGGUCGCAAACGGCAGUUUGAAACUCCCCCCGGACAAUACGAUCUAUACGUUGUGGGAUGGCACGAACGAUCUCGGAGUCAGCGCUCUGUUAACGGGCGGUGCUGCGCCAAAAGUCUCGUUGGUUGAUGUGACCGAAUGCCAGCUCAACUGGGUCAAAACGCUUUACGAACACGGAGCUCGCAACUUUAUCUUCCAAAACAUGAUCCCACUUCAGCUCACUAUCCUCUAUAAUGUAAAUUCGUACCCGAAUCGCUACUGGGCUUUCGAGCGCAACACCACAGAAUGGAGCGUAUUUAUGACUGAGCUGACGCUGACGGGAAACAAGCUAACAGAGCUUAUGCUGCAAGCGCUGGUGCCGACCCUUCAUGGUGCACACAUCGCACUCUUCGACUCGCACUCACUUUUCCAAGAUAUGUUCGAUCAUCCAGCCAAUUAUUUCAAUGGAACGGCUCCUCUCAACGUCACGGGUGCUUGGAAUGCAUGUGUGUCUCCGCUGGGAGGCGGACCACUCACCUGCACAACCGCUCAAGGCACAGACCGUGACAGUUUCCUGUGGGAGGAUGAACUGCACCCAAGUGAGCAGGCAGAUCGUAUUGUUGCGCGGGAGAUCGCGCUCGUACUUGAAGGAAAGCAGAGUCGUUGGGCGACAUGGUUGAGUUGA